UGAUUGAACCUAACCCCUCACAUUUCGCUGGUGACACUGCACAAUGCGACUUCUGAUCACGUGGGGUGUGUGUCUGCUGGCAUCGCUUGCGAGGGGCCAAGAGCUCCUGCAGAACGGCGGGUUCGAAUCCCUUGACCACUGGGACUGCUACAGUCCCUUCAAGUGCUCUCUGACGACUGACAAGCACUCAGGUGACCAUGCCAUGCUGGUAGAAAACAGGGACCAUUACUAUCAGGGCCCCUCACAAGACCUCACCGUCACCCAAGGAGGCUCGUAUGUUGUCAGCGGCUACAUCAAACUACAGAAUGACCUGGGCGCCUCUCAGAACUUGGAGUUGGAGAUCGACUUUGAGUUUCCAGACGGUACCCAUGACUACCAGUCAGCAGCCAGUCGCUCAGCUGCCAGAGUGUCUGACGGGUGGAUCCACCUGGUCGGCGGCUUUACUGUACCCAGCAAACAGCUGACCAGGGUGCGUAUCUACUACCAGGGACCCAAGGAAGGCGUCAACUUUAUCGUCGACGAGAUGUCGGUCACGCCUGAUUCUGUCUCCACCAGCAACGUGAACCUCGACAGCGAGAUCGACCGACUGAGAAAAAGCAACAUCAACAUUCAGGUGACUGGUGCUAACAGUGGUGCUGACGUCAAGAUCAGGGUCUUGCAGAAGAAGAAGUCUUUUCCCUUCGGCACGGCCGUGGCCGCCUGGGCCUACAACGAUGGGUCAAAGGCCAAGUACCGGGAUUUCAUCCACCAGCAUUUCAACUGGGCUGUACCCGAGAACGCACUCAAGUGGCCGACCAUCGAGCCCCAGAGGGGACAGAAGAACUAUGAGCCAGCACUAACCAUGAUCAACGGACUGAGAAGCCAUGGAAUUAAGGUGAGAGGUCACAAUCUGGUGUGGUCUGUGGACCAGUUUGUGCAAGACUGGGUCAAGGCACUUCAUGGAGAUGAACUGCGGCAAGUCGUCAAGGACCACAUUGGGGAGGCCAUGUCAAGAACCAAAGGACUACUGGAACACUGGGAUGUGAACAACGAGAACCUACACGGCCAGUUCUUCCAGAAUCAGCUGAACGACCCCAGCUACAACCUGGAGCUGUUCCGUAUCGCACACGCUGCCGACCCCCAGCCUAAACUCUUCCUCAACGACUACAACGUGGUGGCUUCCGGUGGAUCGACCUAUGACUACCGUGAACAAGCCAAACAGUUCAAGGCCGCAAACGUGGGACUUUAUGGAAUAGGAGUCCAGUGUCACUUUGGCAACGAAGAACUGCCGGAUGCCGGCGCCAUCAGGAGACGCCUGGAUGUCCUGGCAGAGGCCGGAGUGCCCAUCUGGGCCACGGAGUUAGACGUGCAGGCUGCAGACGAGAACAGACGAGCUGACUUCUACGAGGCGGCCCUCACGGCCCUCUAUAGCCACCCCUCGGUGGAGGGCAUCCUCUUCUGGGGAUUCUGGGACAAGGCCCACUGGCGUGGUGACAGCGCCGCUCUUGUUGCUGGGGACAACGUGCAGCUGACGGCGGCCGGGCGGCGGGUGUUGGAACUGUUUGAAAAGCGCUGGAUGACGGAUGAGACGCACACAGUGGCAGAGUCCGGCACAAAGUUCACCGUGCGUGGUUUCCAUGGCGACUACGAGGUGCAGAUCACGCAAGGAGGCCGCACACAAACACAGACCUUCACCUUGGGCAAAUCGGACCAGACUGUAAACAUUAGUCUUUGAUGGGAAAGUGUAUCAACAUGGAUACAUUCGGUCAGCACCCUAUGAACGCAUUCUCGUGUGCGUGUACCCUUCCCGUUUAGGCAUAAUAAAGAACACGUUGAAACGAUGA